CCACCGGCUGGGCCACCAGCUGGCCCAGCCCAAGGGAGAUGCUGGCUCAGACAACAAGGAAGGGCUGGCACUGGGGAUUUUGGAAAGGACGUGGAGAAAUAUCUGGAGGAUACAGGAGACUCCAUGCUGGGAGUGGAUGGGCAAAAGGAGGAGAGGAACAUCGGAAAGGCCAGUGAAUGAGCAGCUGGAUGAACAGAUGGCUGAAGAGGCAAGAGGCAGUGUCUGUGGAGUAGCAGUAUCAAAGCUGAUGCAUGAGCAACUGGACCAGGGGUCUUCAAACUUGGCAAUUUUAAGACUUGUGGACUUCAGCUCCCAGAAUUCCUCAGCCAGGCCAGACCCCUGCUCUUAUCCAAACAUCUUCUCAGCUUCUCUUCAGAGGGGUCUUCAAACUUGGCCCUUUUAUGACUUGUGGACUUCAACUCCCAGAAUUCCUCAGCCAGGCCAGAUCCCUGCUCUUAUCCAAGCAUCUUCUCAGCUUCUUUUCAGAGAUCCUCUGCAAGAUGUUGCUUUGAGUGUUGACAGUUGCUCCUAUGUAGCCGGCAAAGAUGUUAACAUUCGAUUAGCAACUGUUUUAAGGCACGCCAUCAAUGAACUCACUGUGGAUUUCAGUACUACUCUUAAUGGACAUAUUGUACCACUUUACAGCAAACCACUUUGUGAACGAAAUUGGCCCCAGUUUCAAUUCUGUGGAAAGAAGAAAGGAGAAUAUAUUUAUUACUCCGGGCCUGUCUCCCUGAACAUGGAGAACAUCCCACACGGAGAAUUUAAUAUAACAGCUGAGCUCUUCAACGAAGACCAUCACACAAUUAUUUGUGCUGAUUUUUACAUCAGUAAUCGCUGAGAAGUUGCUGUUUGUUGCUUUUUGAGCUGGCAUUGCCUAGACCAGUGCUUCCCAAACUUUUUCAUUCAUUACAUAAGACCACUUAUUAAAAAAACUUAUUGACUUUUGAGGACCAACUGUUAAGUCCCUUCCUUCAGCACCAUCGUAACUUUGAACGGUCACUGAAGGAAUGGACAUAACUCAAGGACUACCGGUACCAUAAAAGCAUAAAUGAACUUCAUAUGAUUUCAACAGAUUACCAUCUGCAAUUUCAUCCAUUUUUGUCUUUGGGAGAUUUUUGAAUAAAGUUUAAUACACGUGCCAA